AUGGCUUACCAAGCGCGUCGCCGGGAAACUCACACCGGACGCAGUCAAAGCACGUCACCAGGCGGAAGCAAUCCAUCGCCCACCUGCAGUGUCGAUCGGAGCUCUACUGAUCCCGCCUGGGCGGCUCUCCGCGGAGCCCCCGCCUCGCGACCCGGUUGGCGCCACCUACAGCCCGGGCGGGGGAGCGCCAUGGCGGCUUCCAGCCCGCUCCCGGCGGCCCAGGACUUGCCCACGUUGCGUGCCAAGUUGCAGGGGCUGCUGCGGUUCCUGAGGCAAGCCCUGUCCAUUGCCAACGCACACACAGUGGACUUCUACACGGAGUCCGUGUGGGCGCAACUGGUCGACGUGCCUCCGGAGACUGUGCUGGAGGUGCUGAGGGCGACGACGGCGGAGGACCGGACCUCGGAGGCGCGCCCCCCGGCGGAGGCCGAGGGAGGAGCAGGUAUUACUGGUUUUUCCAAAAUAUUUUGUGAAACUUCCCAGAAGCUAGUUAGUGUGGAAGCCUUUGCUCUGGCUGCGAAAUAUUAUUCUAUACAAAACUUGGGAAUAUGUACUCCUUUUGAGCAAUUGCUUGUAGCCCUUCGAGGAAAUAAAGAAGAGAAAACUGGUGACAAUGUGAAGCCAGAUGAGUUUAUGAAUUUGAAAAAAUCUCACGAAGUUCAGGCAAUGUCAGAGCUGAUCAGCAGUGUUGCUGAUUACUGUGGGAUAAAACAGGUAAUUGACCUGGGUUCUGGAAAAGGCUACCUAAGUUCCUAUUUGUCCCUGAAGUAUGGCUUAAAAGUUUACGGAAUCGAUUCCUCAAAUACCAAUACUCAUGGAGCUCAGGAGAGAAACAGGAAGCUGAAGAAACACUGGAAAGUCUAUCAUACUCGGUCAAACUUAGAUGCCAAUGACCUGGCAUUAAAAAUGGCAAAAGAAAAGAAAAUGCAAGAUCAAGUUAAAAAUAAAGCAGAUAUUGAGGGAGUAUGUAACAACAGUCCUGCAAAUCAAGAAAUGAUGUCUACGUCAGAUUUUUUGCCAGACUUUUCGAGCUCUGUUAUUUCUAACAUCAGAAAACAAAUGGAAAACCUACAUGUUCAUUCACAUCGAGAAGAAAAUUUGUGUUUUGAGAAUGCCUUUUCUCUUAUAGACUUUUUGCCUAUUAAUGCCAUUGAACCUACUUCUUCCUCCCAAAUGCUCAAGAGAAAAAUGUCUGAAGCAAAUAGAGAGAGAAGAAAAACAACAUCCAAGUCAAAUGAAUCAAAUAUAUACUCACCUUUAACAUCUUUUAUUACUGCUGAUUCAGAACUACAUGAUAUUAUUAAAGAUCUGGAGGAUUGCUUGAUGGUAGGUCUACAUACUUGUGGUGAUCUUGCUCCAAAUACUCUACGAAUAUUUACUUCCAAUUCUGAAAUCAAGGGAGUUUGCAGUGUGGGUUGUUGCUACCACCUUUUAUCUGAAGAAUUUGAAAACCCACAUAAAGAAUGUACCCAAGAAAAGUGGGGAUUUCCAAUGUGCCACUAUUUAAAGGAAGAGAGAUGGUCGUGUGGUCGCAAUGCCAGAAUGUCAGCAUGUUUGGCACUGGAGCGGGUUGCAGUUGGCCAAGGGCUGCCUACUGAAUCACUCUUCUAUCGUGCUGUCCUUCAGGAUAUUAUUAAAGAUUGUUAUGGCAUCACCAAAUGUGAUCGAUAUGUUGGUAAAAUUUAUUCCAAAUCCUCUUCCUUUCUGGAUUAUGUCAGAAAGUCUCUAAAGAAGCUUGGAUUAGAUGAGUCCAAGCUGCCAGAAAAAAUGAUAAUGGACUACUAUGAGAAGUAUAAGACUAGAAUGAAUGAGCUGGAAGCUUUUAAUAUGUUGAAAGUUGUUCUGGCUCCUUGUAUAGAGACAUUGAUUCUUCUAGAUCGACUUUGCUACCUGAAAGAGCAGGAAGAUAUUGCAUGGUCGGCACUUGUGAAGUUGUUUGAUCCUGUGAAAUCUCCCAGAUGUUAUGCUGUUAUUGCUCUGAAGCAGCAGCAAUGAUGUCAAUAGAAGCAAGGUUUCUGCUGCUCUUCUACAUUCUUUAAAGUUUUUUUUUCAAAACACAUCUAAAUAUUUUGUUUAAAUCUCAACUUUACUUCAUUGUUCUAAAGUCAUUUAAAAACACCGUUACCAUUAAUUCUUUAUAAAUGUAUAUGAUCCAGAGACAUACUGUAAAAAUAUGUGUAGUUGGACAAGCUUCUGAUCUUUACUAUUGAUGAUCCUGACUUAAUUAAUAUCCAGGAGGUAUACAAUUGAUAUGAAUUAUCAAGAAACACAGAUGAGGCUCCUGAAAUAUGUCUGUGUACUCCACAGAAGGAAUUUGUAACCAUGGUGGAUUGCAUCUCCCAAAAAUUAUCACGCACAUUUCUAAACCCAGCACCCAAACACCAUGCCUACAGCUUAAAAUGUUCAUGGUGAUUAUUUCUUAAUGAAUGUAUCAGUUCUACCUUAAAUCACUCACCAAAAUGUCCUUUAGAAUAGUAUGUGAUACAUUUCUAUCUUUAUAUACUAUAAAGCAUUGAUUUUUGCUUAGGUACUAUCCUAAGCACUUUACUUGUGUUAACUCAUUUAAUACCCAGAACAACUCAUGAAGUAGGUAUAUUAUUUCCAUUGUCCCAUUGUAUAGAUUAGGAAAUUGGCAGAAGUAAACAUUAAUCUUCCCUCAUUCCUGGCCUCACAUUAUUUCUACAAACAAUUUUGCAAAUACAGUGUCUGGCACACUAGAAAAAAAAAUGACCUGGCAUUUAGUGAAGCUGAAAAACAAGUUCCUGUCAUAGAUAAGCAUGGUACUCAGAGCCUCCUACCACAACCUCAGAAUUACAACUAGAUUACAAAACAGCCAUCAUUCAGGACACCUGAAAUCUAGCUGAACAUAAGUCCUAUAAAUAAGGGUAUUAAGAAGAAGCCACAUCCAGACUGAUAGGAGGGGAGGAGAUGCAGAACAGCUGGUCCCACACCCACAUGUGGCAGUUAAAAAUUGGGAGGGAUAGCCCCUACCAGGUAGCUUGGUUGGAGCAUCAUCCCAUACACACACACACAAAAAAAAGAGGUUGCAAGUUAAAUUCCCAGUCAGGAGGCAUUGGGAGGCAACCAAUUGAUGUUUCACUCUCACAUCAAUGUUUCUCUUUCUCUCCCCCUUCUUCUCUCUCUGAAAUCAAUAAAAACAUAUCCUCUUGUGAGACUAAAAGAAAAAUUGCAGCUGUCCCCCCCUAAGGAGUGACUGAUUGGUCCUGGCCCUACAUCAGAACCCCCACCCCAGGGCUCCAGUGCCAGGAAGAGAAGUCAUCAUAACUCCAGGCUGUAAGAAUCAGCAUAAAUUGUGUCUGAGUGAGAUGAUGGACUCCUAGAGUCCCAGACAUUCCUCUUGAAGGACCAGCACAUGGAUUUACUCAGACGAAGUUGCUCUGAGCUCUAGUGCUGUGGCAGCAGAUCCAAAGGCACCAAGUACAGAUGAGGAGGAACUGAAUUGUCUGGCUUCAGAAUGAGGGCUUGAGUGGUAUCUUUAUCUCAAGACAGGAGUGCUGGCAGAGGUCAUGAUUUCCUUGCUGAGCCCCCUCCCGCCCACACAGGGAGUCUGCAUCAACCUGGUUCACAUUAUUUGCACUGCCCUAUUGAUUCCUUGAGACCCUACCCCACCCAACUUGUGUGCCCACCCAUGCCACGUCCAGUGGCUUUUCCAUAUAAAUGGCUCUUUUGUCUCACGUUGCAGACUUUCCCUAAAAUCUCUCAAAAAAAGCAGCAUCUGGCAUCUGUGAAACCCCUACCUGGCACUAGUGGCAGCCAGCCUCAGUUUGCAGGUUGGCCUCUCCUGGGAAUCUCCAAGCCCAGCACAAAUAGUAGCCUUCUGAAGGUUGCUCAGUAGCUCAUUCUGGGUGGCCCCAGGCAUGGCACAGGUGAUAGCUGACCUUGCACCUCCCAGAAGGCCUCAGAGCCAGUGCACUCAGUGGACAGCUUCAGACCACACCAGAUUACAAUCUUACCACCUCCAUGAGUGACACACUCAAGGGACAAACUCAAGGGGCACCAAAACCCCACUGAAUCAAGUCCUAUUCCAUGGGGUCAGCCCCUGCACAGAUACUCUGCUGUAUUAACAGAUGGUCCUUACAACUGAUUUGCCUAGGGAUCAAUUUUUCCCAGUGACAUGCCAACAGCAAUCAAGACUCAACUACAACAGAACAGUGCACACAGCCCACAUGGGGUGCACCUGGAGCACCCAGCUCAGGUGACCAGGGAGGCUGCACCACUGGGCCUUACAAGACACUACAUAAGACCACUCUAUCAUGUCUUAGAGACAUAGUAGCUCUCUACCUAAUACAUAGAAACAAACACGGGGAAGCAGCCAAAAUGAAGAAACAAAGAAACAGGUACCAAAUGAAAGAACAGAAGAAAUCUCUAGAAAAAGAACUAAAUGAAAUGGAGGCAAGCAAUCUACCAGAUACAGAGUUAAAACAAAGGUUUUAAGGAUGCUUAGUAUGAACAGCAUUAAAAAA